UCAGAAGAUUUAUUUUUGCGUUUAUUUCCCCAAAAAUCGCCCUCCCCCCCCACCCCACCCCAUUAAACCCUAAAUUGUUUUUUUUUGGGUUUGUUUGCUUUUUUUCGUGAAAUCUGAAGAUGAAAUCUCAAGAAGAGGAGAUGAGGUACAAAUCUCUCCCGAAUCCUAGCUAUUAAAAUCUCAAACUCUCUCGGUUUCUUUCAUAGGAGUAGCAGCAUGAUUAGUCUCUUCUCCUAGUUGAACACUAGGAAGAUGAUUACUGGAGAUGUAGAGAUGAUAAUUUCAUGUUUCGCUGCCUCAGGUGUCCAAACUUUAAAGUAAAAAUGCAAAUCCGUAAGAGUAUUAAAGUCUGGACACCUGAGGCAGCAAAACAUUAAAUUAGCAAAAGUGCACAUCUUGGUGCAACCCGUUCCUCUUCUCAAAAGCAACUUUAAGAAGCUAAACCUGAGUACUGCAAGGAUAAGCGUAAUCUGGGGGAUCUGUGGAAGGUGGUAACAGAGGACGCUCUGGAGGAAGGUGGAAAGCUCAACGGGAAGAAAGUCUAUGUUUUUGGUUGCACUGAGUGUAAGUUUUUAAGCUGACAUUUAUCUAUUUGUCUGAUUUGCUUGAAAGUCCAACUGGUUCUGCAAUGUGCAUCUCUCUCUCUUUCUUCCCCUUCUGAUUUACUCUUAUCUUAUCACUUCAGCUCUAUUAGUCCCUCACAAAAAUGAAAACAAGACUGUCAUUGUUCCUACUGUCGUUUGUGUAAGCUUUUGGUUUUCUUCUCAUGUUCUAUCAUGUUACUUGAUUCUUCAUAAUAUAUUACUUCAGCAUUGUGAUUUUAGGUUCCUUGGGCAAACAUGACCACACUGUUCCUUGGGCAAACAUGGCACACAAACAUACAUGAUCAAAUGGGCAAGCAUUGUGAUCUGUACCGAAUUGUUUGUUAUCUGUUUACAGAUUGAAUCAACCAUUCCCCCGUCUGAUAAGAUAGUAGUUGCAUCGGUUCAAGGAGAGGUUGAGGAAAUAAUUCCAAUGAAAGAUAUGAAAUUGGAUUGGGUUCCUUACAUCCCAUUUGGAAAAGGGGAUAGACAAGUUGAUAAAAUGGACUCUCAAAUUUUUAUCUUGGGCUGUACGCAGAGAAGGUCUGAUCACGUUAAAAAGUUCAACUACUAUUUUCCUUAUAUUGACAACCCAUUUAAGGAAAAUGAAACUGAGCAGAGCACUGUGGUUCAAAUAACGUUCCCUUCUGAGCCACCAGUUGUAUGUGAAUAUGACUGGGCUGUAAACAACCUUGAGGAAUUAACCGACGAUCUGAUUAAGAAGGAGACGUUACUCAUGGACCAAAAGGAUGAGUUCAAUGUAAAAAGCAAGGAAGUUUUAUGAAAAGCGUUUGAGGGGUUAUCUCUAAAUCACUCACCCAUAUGUGAAAGGGCAAAGUGACAAAGCUAAGACAGCUUAUGAAGAGGUGAAACAAGCCCGAGAGAAGGCAAAGGAAGGAAUGAGCGAAGAAACAAAAGAGGCCUACAAAGAAAUGAAGUUGUACAAGUUUUAUCCAUUGCCUUCACCAGACGUUGCAGGAAUUAACAAGUCCUCGUUUAUAAACAAGUACUUGGGGAAGGCUCACGAAGUCUUCUAAUCAUCGGCACACUUCAAAAAACUGAAACUCAAAGAGAGGAGGGUGGAUAUUUUAGGGCAAAUAUACAACAAACUUUAUUAUUAGCUGGUAAAAAAUUGUCUUUUGGGCCCGGAUAUUUUUUGUUCUCUGUUUCCCACUUCUUUGAUUGCAAAACCAGACUUUUUUUUCUUGA